AUGCAAGCUCGCCGAUGGAGCACGUCGUCGAGGCUUCGGAUCGCCAUACGGAUGACCGUGCCAAAACUUGAGCGAUGCGACGGUGGUGCGGCAUUCCUCGCAGACAGUGUCCACCUUCCGAUGCUGUGCACGAUGCGAGAUGGAGGUGGGAGGGUGACGAAAGGAGCGUCCGACAGCGUCGAUGACAAUCAAGCUCGCGAGGACCGAUGA